AAAUGGCGGCCGUGGCUGCGGAGGCGGCAGCUACUGCAGCAUCUCCAGGGGAUGGAGGUGAGGCCGAGCCGGAAUUGGGACCCACCCCCGGGAGAGAAGCCGGAGCAGAUCCUACCCCAGUGACCAUGGCAGAUGUUGCGGAACCACAGCUGCCAGAGUCUGAUUUCACGCCUGUUCUGGAAGUAGAGCCACUGCCACAAUCCACUGCAACGGCGGCUGACCGGGGCCCAGACGAUGACAGCCGUAGUACGGAGACUGAAACUGAGGCAUCAGUUAAAAAGGUGGGCACUUGCAUUGGUUUGGAGGCCUUAUUACCAGAGCCCAGAAUUGAGAGUACUCCGGUAGUUGCAGAGCAGGUGAUGGAGGUUGAGGAGAAAGUGGAGGAGGUGACGAUGGUGAUGGACUCUCCUGCAACCGAUGCUCCUAGUCCGUUGCCGCUGGGGGCGGAGAAGGCGACCGGGGAACCAACUGACAGCUCAGUGAUGGAAGUAGUUGUAACAGAACAAGAAUCAGUGAUGGAAACAGAACAAGAAUCAGCGGCGGUUAAGCAAAAAACCGAUGUGGUAGCUGAUAAAGAAAUUGCGUUGGUCACUGAACAAGAAACAGCCGUGGUAACGGAUAGAGAAACUGUGUUAAUCACUGAACAAGAAACGGCAGUGGUAACGGGGAAAGAAGCAGUGAUAACGGAGAAAGAAGCUGUGUUGGUCACUGCACAAGAAGCAGGAACAGUAACGGAGAAAGGUGUGUUGCUCACUGCACGGGAAACAGUAACGGAGUCAGAAGCUUCUGUGUUGGUCACUGUGGCACAAGAAACAGAAGCAAUAACGGAGACAGAAGCUUCUGUGUUGGCCACUGUGGCACAAGAAACAGAGACAGAAGCUUCUGUGUUGGUCACUGUGGCACAAGAAACAGAGACAGAAGCUUCUGUGUUGGUCACUGUGGCACAAGAAACAGAAGCAAUAACGGAGACAGAAGCUUCUGUGUUGGUCACUGUGGCACAAGAAACAGAAGCAGCAACUGCGACAGAAGCUGUGUUGGUCACUGUGGCACAAGAAACAGAAGCAGCAACUGCGGCACAAGAAACAGAAGCAGCAACUGCGACAGAAGCUGUUUUGGUCACCGUGGACCAAGAAACAGAAGCAGUAACUGCGACAGAGGCUGUGUUGGUCACCGAACAAACAGCAGUAAUAACGGAGACUGACCAACACAGCUUCUCAGAACAAGCAGUAAUAGUAACGGAGAAAGAAGCUGUAUUGGUCACUGAACAAGAAGCACCAGUAGUAACGGAGAAAGAAGCUGUGUUGGUCACUGAACAAGAAACAGCAAUAGUAACGGAGAAAGAAGCUGUGUUGGUAACUGAACAUGAACAAGAAGCAGUAGUAAUAAAGGAGAAUGAAGCUAUGUUGGUCACUGAACAAGAAGCAGCAAUAGUAACGGAGAUCGAAGCUAUGUUGGUCACUGAACAGGAAGCAGCAUUAGUAAAGGAGAAUGAAGCUAUGUUGGUCACUGAACAAGAAGCAGCAGCAUUAGUAAAGGAGAAUGAAGCUGUGUUGGUCACCGAACAAGCAGCAGUAGUAACGGAGAAAGAAGCUGUGUUGGUCACCGAACAAGCAGCAGUAGUAACGGAGAAAGAAGCUGUGUUGGUCGCCGAACAAGCAGCAGUAGUAACGGAGAAAGAAGCUGUGUUGGUCGCCGAACAAGCAGCAGUAGUAACGGAGAAAGAAGCUGUGUUGGUCGCCGAACAAGCAGCAGUAGUAACGGAGAUCGAAGCUAUGUUGGUCACCGAACAAGCAGCAGUAGUAACGGAGAAAGAAGCUAUGUUGGUCACCGAACAAGCAGCAGUAGUAACGGAGAAAGAAGCUAUGUUGGUCACCGAACAAGCAGCAGUAGUAACGGAGAAAGAAGCUAUGUUGGUCACCGAACAAGCAGCAGUAGUAACGGAGAAAGAAGCUGUGUUGGUCACUGAACAAGCAGCAGUAGUAACGGAGAAAGAAGCUGUGUUGGUCACUGAACAAGAAACAGCAGUAACUAAGAACGAAGCUAUGUGGGUCACUGAACAAGAAGCAACAGUGGUAAUGGAAACGGAGGAAGAAGCCGUGCUGGUCACUGAACGAGAAACAGUGGUAACGGAUAAAGAAGGCGUCUUGGUCACUGAACGAGCAGCAGCAGUGGUAGCUGAACAAAAAACAGGAGUGGUAACUGAGCAAGAACCAGUUGUAACCGAGAAAGAUGUUGUGGUUACUGAAACGGUAGUGCUUGACCAGCAAGAAUUUGUGCUGGCUCCUACACUAGAAAAGGUACUGGUAGAGGACCAAAAAGAUGUGUUGGCUACCGAACAAGAAACGGUAGUGGUAACAGAGAAGGAAGCCGUUGAGCAAGAAGUUGUGGGGAUUACCGAACAAGACAUAACAGUUGUCAAGGAACAAGAAACAGUAUUGACUGACCAAGUCACGGAAAUAAAUUUAACGGAAACUACCAUGGUAGAACCAGGGCAAAGUCUCGAGACUUUUGUGUCGGAGUUUAGGGGGGAUGUGCUACUGGAGCCAGGCGUUACAGCAGACUCUUUCCCCGUGACUGAGGAACCCAUGGAAACAGCGUCUGCUGUAGAGGAGUGUUCAUCCUUCAGUCCUUGGGCUCCUAGCGAGGCUGUAACAGACGGUCCUGCUCAGAAAGAUCACACAGGCAAGGACGAUUCCACGAAGGCAGAGGAAUCACCUUGCUUCUCGCUGAUGCCUGGGACACAGGUUCUUGUAACUUUGGAUCAUAUUAUCCAAGAUGCGGUAGUGGUUUCUUUCCGUGUGGGAGAGCGAAUUUUCUCGGGGGUCUUGAUGGACGUAUCCAGAAGGAUGGAUGGUGCAUUUCCGCAGACGCCGUGUGCAAGUGUAUAUACCGUCCUGUGCGUACACGUGAUGCAGACUAGGAAACGGACGGCUUUCAGUUUCCUAUUGUGGUUCGGACCAUAUGGAAUCCCUGUUACUGUGUUUCCUAAAAGAGAACAUAAGGAUAAACCUGAAACAUUACAACUUCCGAGUAAAACAUUCCAACAAGAGUCACCACCAGAGAAAUGGGAAUCGAAGGAUGCUUCUCAUGAAGAUGCAUCUCAGAAUCCAUCUUCAGAGUCUUGCCGAGUGAAAAGCUGUUGGACUUCUCAAACACCUCCUCUCUUCCAUGAGGGUGCACCUUACCCUCCACCUUUGUUUAUCAGGGACACCUACAGCCUUUCACUACCUCAGCCUCCUCCAAGGAAAAUAAAGAGGCCAAAACGAAAGUUGUACAGGGAAGAGCCCCCUUCUAUAAUGAAUGCCAUUAGACUUAGACCUCGACAGGUGCUGUGUGACAGAUGUAAAAACAAUAUGGUUGCUGAUAAAAAAGAGAUAAGGAGAGGUGGUAGCACCACUGAUCCUUCUAGGUAUGAGGACAGCAGAAAACGGAGGUGUGAAAAUGUACCUACUGUGAAUAAAAGAUUUAAAACAGACCAGAAGGGGGAUGCAAAAGGCCAGAAUGAAAGUCAGAAAAGAACUGUAGUGAAAGUUUCUAAUAUUGCCCACAACAAAGGGAAAGUUAUUCAGAAAGUUUCUUCCCAAGCAAACUCUUCUAAAGGACAGUUAAGUACUAAAAAGGUACUUCAGAGUAAGAAUGUGGAUCACACCAAGGUCCGGGAGAUGUUUAGAAUGGCAAGAAAAAAUGCACAAAAGAAGAGACAAGAGACUUCUGUUUCCAAAAAUGCCAUUCCAAAAGGCCACUUAACCCGACGCCUCCAGAACAGUAGCUCAGGUUCUCUUCCUCCCCGGUUACGUUUAAAGCCACAGAGGUACAGAAAUGAAGAAAAUGACUCCUCUUACAGGAGUGGACUUGAUAAACUGCGGAGUAGUAAGACACCAGUAAGCCCCACUUCUCGCUGCAUUUCCAGUCGUUCUGCAGGUGAGGAUUCGCCAGAAACUCCAAACUCUCCAAAAGGCCCCAAAGAAGCCAGCUCAGCAGGUGAGGCCCCGAAAGAAAUGCAGAAUCCCCCAAACGGCCCAGAAGAGGUCAGCAUUGAGCAUAUUGAAAACUGUGUGCCUGAUGAGCAGGAAGAACAGCUGCCUGUGGGCAAAAAUGAAAAAGGCAAUAUAACAUUGUAUAUGACCAUAAAGCAAAGUAAAUCUGAAUCUUCCAAUGCGUCAGUAUGUAGUAGUGAUAGCACAGACGAUUUGAAAUCAUCUAACUCAGAGUGUAGUUCUACUGAAACCUUUGACUUUCCUCCAGGCAGCAUGCAUGCUCCUUCCACAUCCUCGUCCUCUUCCUCGUCAAAGGAAGAGAAAAAAAUUGCUAGUUCUUUGAAAAGAGUCUUUUCUAAAAAUGUUUCUAAAUGCAUCACUCCAGAUGGCAGAACAAUAUGUGUAGGGGACAUUGUCUGGGCCAAAAUUUAUGGCUUCCCCUGGUGGCCUGCCCGAAUUCUUGCUAUAACAGUAAGUCGGAAAGAUAAUGGUCUUUUGGUUAGGCAGGAAGCUCGGAUUUCUUGGUUUGGGUCCCCAACAACCUCUUUCCUUGCAUUAUCACAAAUGUCCCCCUUUUUAGACAAUUUUCAUUUGCGUUUUAACAAGAAAAGAAGAGGCCUUUAUCGCAAGGCCAUCACAGAAGCAGCUAAAGCUGCUAAACAGCUGACUCCUGAGGUGCGGGCUCUGCUGACGCAGUUUGAAACGUGAACUGGAAUGUAAGGUAGGCAAGAUGCAUCUGGGGGUUUGACUAAAUUUCCUUCCCAAAUUUAAAGCAGCUAUAGUGAUGUGUUAGAAACAGAGUGUAACUCAAAACUGGCUGCUUAUGUUUUGGUUUCAUAGCCAAAAUAUGAAAUUAGAUUAUAAAAAGACAUAUGCGCCUCUAAGGUGUAAAUGAAAUGAUUUUAUUGUAACCGAAUGUGCAGCUCUGCAUUCAGAGCAAACAUUGUUUCUCAGUACCAGAAAACAUUUUCCAUAGGAAGGAUCACAAGUUUCUCAGGAUUCAUUCCGGCGACUGACUGAAAAAUGGUUUGUAAUAAUUGUAGUUGCAUAAUGUUUGGGAAAUUUCUAUUAUUAAAUUUCAUGGACAUUUUUGCAGGUUCCUGCUUUUUAGGUAACCUGCUUGUGUGUGGAAAAGAUUGACACUGAAGCAGUGUGGAAGCCUCAGUGGUGCAUUUUAGGGGAGCUGUACAGACUGAUUUUUGACUGGUGACCUUUCCUUUUUGUGCAAGCAUUGCAUUUUUGAAUGCACUUAAUGUACUGGCCAAAUUAUUAAAUAUGGCCUUUGGGGAGAUAGCCACUUUUGAUAAGAAAUGAUUCAGGUUCUCACAGUCUCUUCAGUAUGUAGUAAUUGGGGGGGGGGGGGGGGUUAGCUGUCAGCCUUACUUUAACUGAAAUUUCAGCAGAAUUUUCUGUAAAGGUAUAUUUAUCUGAAAUUUCCCCCCAGUAUGUUGCACUCUGCGUGAUGUUACUUGAGUGGCAAUUGCAUUUUGUUUACUUAAGACAUAUGCAAGUAAGACUUAUUUUUUCAGUUGUAGGUAUUCUGUUUGCAGGUCAGAAAAUAUUACAAAAUUUGUACUUGUGAAAUGUUAUGAAAUGUACACAAACUGUAAAUAAAAAAAUAACUGCGAA